AUGUUAUAAAAUCAAAAAAUCUAAUAAUAAAUUUUAAUAAUGAAUAAUGACUUCAGAUUCAUUCUCAAUAAAAUCAAAACCAUCUAAUAAAAUACUUUAAGCUAAAAUUGUCUAAUUUAAUUAUCAACUUCAUAAAUUGAAGAAAUUAAUAAAACCAUCCCCAUUUUAAAACAAACCUUGACGAUCUAUAAUAAUCAUCAAGAUUCUUUAUCAUUAAAUUUAGUUACUCUUAUUCCUAAUUUAUUAGUAAUUUAAAAUGAUUAUCUUGUCAUUUCCAAUUGCACUAUUGUCAAAUUUAAAUCUACUCAAGGCUAUUGUAUUUAACUUUCAAACGGUAUAGGUAAUCUCUUAAUUUUCAUUGCUAAUAUUGAGAAUUAUAAAUUAUGGAAUUCAAAGUUAAAAUAAUUCUGUAAACUUUCCAAUUUUUCAUAGAAAUUUUCUGUCUAAGAAUAAACUAUUGCUGGCUAUUAUAUUAUAAAACACAAAAAAACGAACAAAUUUUAUAUUGCUAACAUGUAACCCCUCUAAAAUACUAAUAUGGAACUCUUAAAUAGUGAAAUUUAAACUUUAAGAAGUAUCAAACAUCCCUCCUUACUUGAUUUAAAAUGGUUAUAUUAGGAUAUACGAUUUGUAUACUUAAUUUAUGAGUAUUUUAAAUGUGAAAAACUUACAACUUUACUAAAAUCAGGACUUAAUUUAGAUUAAACAUAAUUAGCAUCUGUAAAGAAUUGAUUUAUUUGUAGAUCAUACUAUAAUUAUUAUAGUUAACUAAAUUUUUAAAUAAGUAAUAAAUUUAUCAUGGCAAUAUCACUCUCGACAAUAUUCUAAUUAAUGUAUAAUCCUCUUAUUUAUCUAUUUACCUCAUUAAUAUGAAAUUUUUACAUAAAAUUGAUAUAGAUACUUUAAAUUUAUAUAAAUAAACUACUCAAACUUAUUAUUUAGCUCCUGAAAUAAUUGAUGGAAUAUCAAAUCCUUCUAUAAAUACUGAUCUUUUUUAAAUUGGAGUAGUAUUAUAUUAUUUAACUUUUUACAUUAAAUUAGAUAGAAAUUUUAUAAAAAAUGAUUAAAUAAAAAUGGAACUCAUUAAUGAGUUAGAGGAAUAAUUUUUAAACGCAUCAAAAUUUCAAUUUCAGUAAAUGAAUUUGAAAUAAAUAUAUAAAAUGGCUUUUAGUGCGUCAUAAUUAGAUUUAUUGAAGAGGUUAUUAGAAAAACAGGAUCAAAGAAUUAAAUUAGAAGAGGCCAUGAAACAUUGUUGGUUUGUUAAUAUCAAAUAAAAAUUUAAACCAAAAUAUGAGAGGAAAAAAUAGCAUUUAUCAUCCUUAAAUACAAUUAUUGAACUUUGUGAGUAGAGUGAAUAUACCAAAUCAUUUGUCAACAUCUAGUAAAAAUUUGAUGAUGAUUAAGGUAAUUAGUAUUAUUUUAUUAUUUUAAAGUUCUUGAUGAAUAUAAUGUGAUAUAAGAAUUUAUGUAGCAAUUAGAAAAAAAUAAUUCCUAAAAGCCACCCUCUAGAGAAAAUCAUGAAAAAUUAAAAUAUUUUGAAUUUUCCAAGACUUCUUAUGACUAAGAUAAAUCUAAUUCUCAAAAUCAGUAUAAAUUUUCAAAGAGUGUUAUAUGA